AGAUUACUUUAUUCCUGGCCUGGAAAAUCAGUAGUAAUGCUGUGAACUUCUCUUUUUCUUCAAAACUUCAAAGGAAGAAUCUAAGAUGAUCUAACCAAGCUUGGUCUCUGUUUCUGUGAAUUGAAAUCCCGUCACGAGUAUCCCUUCCAGCUUGAGCUAUUGUUUCUGCUGCUGCUACUUGCAUACAUACACAUCACAAAAUAUGUCAGCUGCAACAAAAUUAGAGAUGUUCUUGCGUGUACAGCAAGAAAAUUAGCAAGGCAAAAUGCAGCUAAUUAGGGUUGAUUCUGAGAGUGGUAAAGAAAUCACUUCAUGUCCUUCGACUCCUCAAAAUGAUUUGGUGGGAAUGGAUUUACGUCUACAAGAGUUAAGCUCAUAUGUGGGUAUAGGAUCUGAUGAUGUUCUUUUUAUAGGAAUAUAUGGGAUGGGAGGAAUAGGAAAGACAACUAUGGCUAAAACUUAUUACAAUUUGAUGUCUUGCCAAUUUGAGGGCAAGGCUUUUCUUGCCAAUGUCAGGGAAAUUUACUCGAAACGCGGCAUACUGUCUUUGCAAGAACAGCUUCUCUCAGAAAUCCUUGGAGAGAAAGUGAAAAUAUGGAAUAUGUAUAGAGGAAUGAACAUGAUAAAAAGUAGGCUACGCUUCAGAAGGGUCUUGAUUGUGAUUGAUGAUGUGAAUCAAUUAAAUCAGUUGCUGGAAUUAGCAGGGGAAAGCAAUUGGUUCGGUUCAGGAAGUAGAAUCAUCAUAACUACCAGAGAUGAACAUUUGCUUGUCAGUCAUGGUGUGGAUCAAUUAUACAAGGCUAAGGAAUUAAAUCAAACUGAAGCUCUUCAACUUUUUAGUUUAAAGGCUUUUAAAGAUAGCAAGCCCCCAGAAAACUAUCUGAAUUUGUCAGCUAGUUUUGUAGAUUAUGCUAAUGGCCUUCCAUUAGCUAUUGAAGUUUUGGGUUCCUUUUUGUUUGGGAAGACUUCAAAUGAAUGGAGAACUGCAUUAGAUAGAAUCAGAGAAAAUCCCAGAAAAGAAAUCUUGGAUAUACUUCAAAUAAGUUUUGAUGGACUAGAGGAAAUAGAAAAACAAAUAUUCUUGGAUAUAGCAUGUUUCUUCAAAGGAAAGAAACAAGAUUGGAUUAAAGAAAUACUGGACAGCUGUGGUUUCUACCCUGAGAUUGGAAUAAGAGUUCUCAUUGAUAAAUCUCUCAUAACUAUCAUGGGAGAAAAAUUAUGGAUGCAUGAUUUGCUACAAGAAAUGGGUCGGAAACUGGUUCGACAAGAAUCCCCAAAGGAGCCAGGACAACGUAGUAGGCUAUGGCUUUAUAAGGAUAUCUUCCAUGUCAUGUCAAAUAAUACGGGAACAGAAGAUGUUGAAGGCAUAGUCCUGGAGUUGCCAGAAGCAGAAGGGGCAGAACUUAAUGCUAAAGCUUUCCUGAAGAUGAAAAAACUCAGAUUGCUGAUAUUUCGUAAUGUGGAGUUUUCACAUAGCCUGGAAUAUCUUUCCAGUGAGUUACGGUUUCUGAAAUGGCAUGGAUAUCCUUUCAAAAGUUUGCCCUCAAAUUUCCAGUCGAAAGAACUUGUCAAGCUUAACAUGUGCUUCAGCCGGGUUGAACAACUCUGGGACGGCGUUAUGCAAUUUAACAUGCUCAAAAUCAUGAAACUUAGUCACUCCAAAAAUCUUGUCAAGACACCAGAUUUUAGAGGGACCCCAAGACUUGAGAAGCUGAUUCUUGAAGGUUGUACAAAAUUGCUUGAGAUUGACCAGUCCAUUGGAGUUCUUGAAAGACUCGUUGUAUUGAACCUGAAAGACUGCAAAAGGCUUGUGAGUCUUCCAGAAGGUAUGUAUGGUUUAAAGGCACUUAAGGUUGUUAACAUAUCUGGUUGUUCACAACUUGACUACAUGGUGGAGGAAUUGGGGCUCGUCGAAUGUUUGGAGGAGCUUGAUGUAAGUGGAACUGCAAUAAAACAAGCAUCUUGUCCCAUGUUUCACUUCAGGAACCUUAAGGUUUUUUCUCUCAAUGGAUGUAAAGGACAAACGAGUUCCCUGUUAUCCUUGCUGCCUGAAAAAGAUUCAAAUUCAUCAGGUUUCUGCUCUCUCAUGGUAUUAGAUCUGAGUAAUUGUAAUAUACAGGAUGGAACACUUCCCAGCAAUCUCAGUUGCUUAUCCUCGUUGAGAGAAAUUUCUCUGGGUGGCAACAGCUUCAUUAGUCUCCCUGCAAGCAUCAAUCACCUCUCCAAGCUUGAACGAUUAUAUUUGAACAACUGCACAAAUCUUCAGUCCUUGCAGGCAUUUCCCGCAAAUGUACAAUUUAUAAGUGCAUAUGGUUGUUCUUCAUUAGUAAAAUUACCUGAAAAUCUAGAUGCAUCUAGUUCGCGAUCUCGACGAUUCAACUUUUCAAAUUGCUUCAAGUUGGCAAGGAAUCAAGGCUGCAACAACAUUACGUUUAUGAUGCUAAGACGAUACCUGCAGGGGAUGUCUGACCCAAAAACUGGGUUUGACAUAGUUAUUCCCGGAAGCAACAUUCCUAAGUGGUUUAACCAUCAAAGGUUGGGAGACUCUUCAGCAAUUGAUCUGCCACAGAUGAUUUGGGCUGAUAGAAAGUGGAUGGGAUUUGCUCUUUGUGCUGUGUUUAAAAUCAAUGAUCGGGCAGACCGGAACUCCUACUUUGAUCUCGACCUCUCGUGUCUUCUUAAAAUCAACCGACGUACCUGGCACCAUGUCUUUGACGAAGGUUUCCUGACAGCAAUGGAACAAGUUGGUUCAGAUCAGCUUUGGCUUUUCUAUUUGUCACGUUACGAGUUCUUGGGUAUAGACUGGCAGGAAAUAUCGCAGACCACAUCUCGCCAUGUUCUCGAAGUUAAGUUCACAGCCCAUGGUGUUGGCUUUCGUGUCAAGAAGUUUGGGGUCCGUCUGAUAUAUGAACAAGACGUGUUAGAGUUCAACCAGACAAUUAAUCAAUUUCAGAGCUGCGAUUAUGAGAAUUUAGAUAAAUCAGAUGGAGCCUUGGUUAAGAGAGGCUACGAUGAUUAUUGCGAAAAUGAUGGGCCAGAAUCUGCGGGAAAAUGCAGCUUUGAGGAGGAACCACAGCCUAAAAGAUUGAAGGAAUUCAAUUGAAUUUGACAAAUUUCUUUUCAGUCCUCGAUUUUUAUAAAAAGCUCGUCAUAGUACACAUGUUUGUUCCCAAAAGUGGAUGUCUAGGAAUACGAUUAGCGUCUUAACAAUGCAUUGUAUUGCAAUAUAAUUACUGCUGUUAUUAAAGU